AUGGGGGGAUGUCUUUGCAAAAAGAAACGAUCAUCUUCAGGACAUAAUCGAGACCGAAGGCGAUAUUCUGGCAUUAACAACAGUGGGAGAGAUAUAUGUAAUAAUGCUGUCCAACAAGUACGAAGACGUUUGACAUCGCGGACGCAAGUUGUAACACUUGCAACUCGAACGCCAUCUCACGGCGUUGAUGUUAGCGCUCGAGUCACUGAAGAUGUCGAGGAUGAUGUAAGAGAUCUGAUAUGGCAAACUCUAAAGAUGAUAAGUGAUCAGGAGCCACCUACACAACUGCUAAAACUAAAUUUGAUUGCCGAUAAAGAAGGUGGUUGGAUAAUGGUUAUCAUGUGCUUAAUUGAUGUUAUUCCUGUUGAAGAACCACUUGGUCCUGCUGUUAUCACUCUUUUCCUUGAUGAAAGCCCACUGCCUACAAAGGAAACAGUAACACGUCUGCUUACACGCCAUAUGCACUUAGAGUUGUCACAUUUAUCUUCUCGGCAUCGCAAUACAUGUAUUGUACUCGGAUCGCUUGCUGAAAAAUUAUCUGGACCAAGCUGCGUGCAAGUUUGCACAAGCAUUACUCUUAAUUACCUUCUCAACAAUCUUGAACCUACGGGUGAUCCGCAAGUCAUUUUGUUUUCAUUGAUUGCUUUGGAAAAAUUCGCUCAAACAAGUGAAAACAGGUUAACAAUAUGUCGGCGACUGGAUCAAAUGGAACAGAAUCCAUUAUUGGUCUUGGAGUCAUGGCUAAGUGAUCCAAGGAUUGAAAAUGAUUGGUUAAAACAGCAAGUUGCAUUUUGUGCUCAGUGGACGUUGGACAAUGUCUUUGUGAUCGAGAACCGUAUUCCUUCAUAUAUGACUAUAAAUAUUGAUGACAUCAAUGCUAUGUUAAAUCAUGAGGAUGUCAGCGAGUAUCUGAAAAUUGGUCCUAAUGGCUUAGAGGCACGAUGUGAUGUUUCAUCGUUUGAAUCAGUUCGAUGUACUUUUGAAGCUACGCAUGGAAUUUGGUUUUACGAAGCUCUGAUUCUAACUCCCGGUGUUAUGCAAAUUGGCUUUGCUACGAAGCAAAGUCGUUUUUCAAAUCAUGAAGGUUAUGGAAUUGGUGAUGAUGAAUGUUCAAUAGCGUACGAUGGUUGUCGACAACUAAUUUGGCAUAACGCAGAUUUCAUGAAAAUCGAACAUGAUCAUUGGAACGCUGGUGAUAUUCUCGGUUGCUUACUGAAUCUACAGGACGGCUACGUGCAGUUUUAUCUUAAUGGUUUAUCGCUUCGUCAACCACAUCGCGCAUUCCUCGAUAGGCGGAAUAAAAAUUCAGGAUUCUUUGCAGCUGCAUCCUUUAUGAGCUUUCAACAGUGUCGUUUUAAUUUUGGUUUGAAGCCUUUCAAAUUUCCUCCGGCGGACAUAUCAUUUAAAACUUUCAAUGAUUACGGCACGUUGUUUUCUGAACAAAAAACUAUCCUUCCACGACAACGAAGAAUUGAACUUCUUACACAGAUAUCUAUAGCAGAUGAUGCAUGCACUUUAUGUUGUACAAAUUCAGCCGAUACUGUUCUGAAACCAUGCGGACAUGGCGGAAUUUGUUACUCCUGCUCCGAGCAGAUUGAACUUUGCGCACUUUGUCGCGAAACAAUCACAGAACGUAUAAGGGCUUCUAAACGAACCUCAAUACUAAUGCAGCACAGUGGAACAGUGCUAAAUAAUACUAUUGCUGAUAACGCAUCUUUGUAUGAUAUACAUUUACAUUCCUUAUAA